AUGCGGGCGCGGGGGGGGGGGGGGGGGGGGGGGGGGGGGGGGGGAGGGGGGGGGGGGGGGGGGGGGGGGGGGUGGGGGGGGGGGGGGGGGGUGGGGGGGGCGGGUGGGGAGGGGGGGGGGGGGUUUGUGUGUUGUGAGUUUUGUGGGUGGAUUUGGGUUUGGUUUUGUUUUGUUUGUUUGGGGUGUUUGUUGUGGGGUUGUUGGUGGUGGUGGUUGGGUUGCGGGGUGUGUGGUGUGGUUUGGGGUGGUGGUUUUUGGGGGGGUUUGUUGGGUGUUUGUUUGUGGUGGGGGUGGUGUGGGUUGUGGGUUGGGGGGGUUUGUGGGGUGUGUGGGGGUGUGGGUGGGUUGGGUGUUUGGCGUGGUGGGGUGGUUGGUGUGUUGUGGUGGGGGUGGGUGGUUUUGGUGGGGGUUGGUGGGUGGGGUUUUGGGGUGGUGUGUGGUGUGGUGGAUGGUUGGGGGGGUGGGUUGGGGUGGGUUGGUGUUGGUGUGGGGUUUGGGUGGGUUGUGGGGUGUGGGUGGGGGUGGGGGGGGGGUGGGGUUGGGGGGUGUGGUUGUGGGUGGUGGGGUGGUGGGUUGGGUGGGGUGGGGGGGUGUGUUGGGGGUGGUGGUGUUGGGUGUGGGGGGGUAUGUUGGGUGUGUUGGUGGGGGUGUGGUGAUGGCGGCGUAACGUGUGUGUUGUUGGGGGGUGGGCUGGUGGGGGGUGGGUGUGGGGGGGGGUGGGGUUUGUGGGGGGGGGGGUGGGGGUUGGGUGGUGGGGGGGUUCGGUGUGGGGGGGGGGGUUGUGGGUGUGGUGGGGGGGGGGGGGGGGUGUUGUGGGUUGGGGCGUGUGUUGGGGGUGCUGACGGGGGGGGGUGGUGGGUUGGGGGGUGGUGGGUUGGGGGUUGGUGGGUGUGGGGGGGGUUGUGGGGGGGGGGGGGGGGGGGGGGGGGGGGGGGGGGGGGGGGGGGGGGGGGGGGGGGGGGGGGGGGGGGGGGGGGGGGGGGGGGGGGGGGGGGGGGGGGGGGGGGGGGGGGGGGGGGGGGGGGGGGGGGGGGGGGGGGGGGGGGGGGGGGGGGGGGGGGGGGGGGGGGGGGGGGGGGGGGGGGGGGGGGGGGGGGGGGGGGGGGGGGGGGGGGGGGGGGGGGGGGGGGGGGGGGGGGGGGGGGGGGGGGGGGGGGGGGGGGGGGGGGGGGGGGGGGGGGGGGGGGGGGGGGGGGGGGGGGGGGGGGGGGGGGGGGGGGGGUGGGGGGGGGGGGGGGGGGGGGGGGGGGGGGGGGGGGGGGGGGGGGGGGGGGGGGGGGGGGGGGGGGGUGGGGGGGGGGGGGGGGGGGGGGGGGGGGGGGGGGGGGGGGGGUGGGGGGGGGGGGGGGGGGGGGGGGGGGGGGGGGGGGGGGGGGGUGGGGGGGGGGGGGGGGGGGGGGGGGGGGGGUGGGGGGGGGGGGGGGGGGGUGUGGUUGUGUGGGUGUGUGUAGAUUUUUUGCGAGUGUUGUUCGUUUUUUGGUCGUGUAUCUGUUGGCUUUUUGCUUUCUUGUGUUUUUUGUUUACCUAUAA